UUCUCUUGUUUCUUUCAGCCUUCGAGAUGUACACGCUUGUUUAAAUGGAGGUGGAUUCUGAACAGCGUGUUGCGUUGUUCGCCUUUGAUUGUCUCAGUCGAAACCAUGAGUGAACACAAUUCAGAAAAGCCAUAGUCGAAUUGUUUUGCACGAUAUCCUUCUGAGAAAACAAAAGAAACAAAACAUAGAACAUUUCCUCCCACCCACAGGCAAGAAAACAGGGGAGAAAAGAAAGCGCGAGCGAGAGAGGGAGGGAGAAUGCGUGUGAGAGAGACAGGAAGAGAGACAGAGGGUAAGAGAGGGAGAACAGUCGAUGGAUGCUGCUUGGACAGAUUGAGCGGUUUAUUCUCCUGUGAUAAGGACUAGAGUGCUGCAGGGAUGGAUGGCAAGGGAAGACACAUUCCACCAGCAAUGGUAUGGUGUGAAAGGGGCAUACAGGUGCUUCUCACCACUGUGGGGGCCUUUGCUGCAUUUGCCCUGAUGACAGUGGCCAUCGGCACCGACUACUGGCUGUACGCACGUGCCUUUAUCUGCAACAGUACUGCCAACUCUUCUCAGGAUGACCCCCACAACAAGGACAAGAAAGACCCCGGAGCCCUCACUCACUCCGGCCUCUGGAGAAUCUGCUGCCUCGAAGGGUUAAAAAGAGGUGUGUGCUCCCAGAUCAACCAUUUCCCAGAGGAUGCGGAUUAUGACCAGGAUGCUGCAGAGUACCUCUUACGUGUAGUCAGGGCCUCCAGUAUAUUUCCCAUUCUCAGUGCUAUACUGUUGCUGCUAGGUGGGGUAUGUGUGGCAUCCAGUCGGUUCUACAAGACCAAGAGACACAUUAUUCUGGGAGCAGGCAUUUUGUUUGUGGUUGCAGGUCUGAGUAACAUCAUUGGCGUGAUCGUGUACAUCUCAGCGGCACUGAGCGACAUCUCACCGAAGAAGGACGAAGACAAGAAGUGGCACUACUCCUAUGGCUGGUCGUUUUACUUUGGUGGCCUGUCAUUCAUUUUAGCUGAGGUGGUGGGCGUGCUGGCUGUUAACAUCUACAUCGAGCGAAACAAGGAACUGCGCUGCCGCUCACGUGCAGACCUCUUCCACAGUACGACCUCUGCUGUGCUGCGGCUACCCUCUUACCGCUUCCGCAGGGGCCGCCGCUCCUCGCGCUCCAGUUCGCGCUCUACAGCCGAGCCGCCACGAUCAUGCGACCCCUCACCUCCCGGCCUUGGUGUCAAGAACUUCAGCCCACCACUGGCCACUGGCCCUCCACCUUUCUCAGUGGCUACGUUGCCUAACCCACACACACAUUCAGGAGGAGGAGGAGGAGGAGGAGGAGGAGGAGGAGGAGGAGUUGGGGACAUCUCCAUGUACACACUUGGCAGGGAAGGCAAACCCCCCAUGUACGGAACAGUAGACCGUGCUUCUCUUUACCAGCUUCACAACUACUUCCCGACAAAGGAAGGUGGAGCAGGGACACUCAUGACUGGGACAUUGCCAUCCCUUUCCAAAUCAAACCUGGCUUCAUCAGCCAAUGCCUCGUCUUCCUCUGGCCCUGGGGUGCAGCAAUCCUCACUCACAGCUGGGAAUACAGCGACUAUGGAAAGGGAUAGGGGGCUUGGCACGCUUGAUCGGCUGGGGAAAGGCGAUAGCAGCAACACCAAUACUCUCAACAGGAGAACAACCCCGGUGUAAUGCGGGACUCAGAAAAGGGAAAAGGGGGGAGGGAGGUUGGUGGGGAAGAAGAGAAACUAAAAGAGAAUGUGGACAGCUGGUGAAAGGCAAUAGCUUCGAUAUCAACUUGUUGAAAAAGAGAGUGCUCUGGCGAUUUUUGGGAGUUAGAAAGGUAGAUUUUUUGGGAGGGUUAGGGUGGUGGGAGACAGACGUAUAUCGAAAGAGGUAUUUCAAAAGAGGGAACGAUUGUGAGAGAUGGAAGAGGAAACAUGAUAAUCUAAACUGAGACAGGCAAUGAGGGUUAGGAAGAGGAAGCGUGGGAGGUAGAGAGAUGAGAAAGAGAGAGAGGGCUGAGAAUCAGAGAAAAGGAGGAUGACUCAGAGGACAUAGAGAAGAGAAAGAGAGAGAGAUAAGCCAAUCAUCCUCCUUUUCUCUCUCCUUAUCUGUUUUCAAACAUGGUGACUUUAGUCAUAAAUAGAGUUAAAUUCGCACUUUUACUGAUUCAUGUCAAAAUACUUGAUGUGUGUGAUGGUGGUCUUACUUUGGUCUCUUUUGAGUCCAGUGCAUUAUAUCAUCUGGUUUAUGCCUGUUACUUAUUUAGCAUUCCAAUAUAGUCACUUUUAUUAUUGUAGAUGUUAAUGUUUGGGUUAUUAGAAUUCCCUUUUGUUAUGAAAUUGUUUAUUUAAUAACUGAUUUUAUUUGGUUUCCAUUUCAGUAUAUGAACUAAACUGUGAUUUUUCUUUUCUUGCACAUUCUGACAAUAUUUUAUAAUGUCAUUCAGUGUUAAACAAGUACAUAUUUGUGAGGUUUUGUGACAUUAUUGGCGACAUCAUCAAUCACUAUUAUUAUUAUUAUUAUUAUUAUUAUUAUUAUUAUUAUUAUUAUUAUUAUGUCGCUCUCACAAAGACAAUACUUAGACUUGUGGAAUUUCCUUUAUUGUAAUUGUAGGUGUAUUUAAUAGUUAGAUUCCAUAUAAAUAUGUUGGUUUAAAUUACUAAAAUUAGUCUCCUUAAUAUUUUUGCAGUGGGCUGAGAGGUUUGAGAGACUGUUUACUAGAAAACUGAGUUAUAGGGAAGGACAAAAGUAAAAGUGAAAAUGAAAGACUUUUGCCAGAGGAGCAAUACUUAUACCUAUAAAACCUCACCAGAAAAGACAAAAAACUAUAUGGAUAUGUGUAAGACUUUUUUUUUUGGACAAAUAAAACUAAAUAUAUUCUACUAAAUGUAUGCAAUUGAAAUUAUGUGUAUAUAUUUAUAUGCAUUGCAGUUUUAAUUUGUUCCUAACAGGGAAGCUAAAUACUAAACUUUACAUUUUGUUAUAUAGAUCACCAUAACACACUUGAGACCGCAGCAGUCCAUUCGCAGAGUCGAAGUAUUUGGGUAUUUCAAUUCUUUAAAAAAAAACAUUUAGAACAGCUUUAAUUUUAUAAAAGAUUUAAAACGGUGGUGUGUGAAAGGAAAAUGUUAAAUAGUAAUGAUAUUCACAUAGAAUUCAUUUGUAAACAUUACAGUCUUACAAGAAAUAUUAGAAGCAAGAUUUUUAGGACUAAUGCGAACAUUUUCCAUUUUACAAGACAGUGUGUCUAGACAAAUACACUAUACAAUAUAAUAUACAGAUAAGAUGCUCUGUGAAUGGACCAAAAGCUUGGCUAAUGAAAAUGAAGUCUAGCGAAUGCAAGACUCCUGAUAGUUGGUGAGUAUGAAUCGAUGAAAUGUGUUUUUCUGUAGAAUAACUGCAAAAAAGGUAUAUGACGACAUAUUCUCCAUUUUCAUUUUCCUUGCAUGAAACACAUAGGGAUGGGUUGUACUGAAGUUUCCCAAAAUAUAGUGGUACUGGGAUUCAAGCAUAUAAUGUACCUUGGGCAGUAUCUACUUUGCAAAAUUGAAAGGCCUUCUGAAAACAGAGAUGUGUUUAUAGUCUCAGGAGUGUACAGGGGUUUACAGGAGUGUACAAACAUAUACUUCAUUCUUCAUAGAAACAUUUGAGAGCAAAUUGUACCAUUCUAAGGUGUAUGUUUGAAGAUGUUGUCUGGGAUUUGAUAUAUAAUCAUGGUGGUCUAGUAUAUAUAUGGUUUAUAUAACGAUGGUGCCAACAGAGAGGUCUUUGAGAAGAAUAUCAUGACAGUAGGGUCGUAGUGGUAGCGAAUUUAUACCAUGGCUACAUACACAGAAACAUUUUAAUAUCUUCUCCAUAGUUGGUGCUGGGAGCAAAGUUUAGAGGUGGAUUAAGAAGAAGGAAUAGUUAAAGGUAAAAGCCAUUAGAAGUGUGAAAAUGUGGGAUAAGCUCUGUACAGGGCAGACACUGAAUUGAAUUGAUUACACAUGAAUUUAAUUGAUUGCAUAUGCCUUUAGUCAGCUAUUGUGAACAGCUAUCUAUAUUACAGAAGAGACAAAGAAUGGCAGGGCAUUCUGGGACAGUACACAUUGUACACAGUAAACAGUACCUGGUUCAUCUUGGCAUCAUAAAAUGAUGCUAAGCUGUUCUGAUUUUGUGCCAAACAUAUUUGCUAUGUGCUGUGAGGUGAUUCAGGCAGUCUUAGUUUAUGGGAUUUCUUGAAAAAAAAAAACAGCAUUUAGCAGCAUGUUGACAUGACAUCUCUUGGCAGCCUCUGUGAACGUUUUUUCUUAUUCAAAAUUAUUUCUACAUUAUAAACUUAUUUAAAAUCCUCGUUUACUUUGUGGUCUUCACUAUAUCAUCUCAAUUGGAACUAUAUUUACCUGAUGGAGACAUCUUUCAUUGAACUAGUUUUUUUACAGCUGUGGUUUUAAACAGCCUUAAACUAAAUGGUCAAAGUAUUGUGGACACCUGACCAUCACAAACGCAUUCCAAAUUAUAAUAAGCUCCACUGUUCUGGAAAGGUCUUUCACCAGAGUUUGGAAUGUGGUUGUGAGGAUUUCAUUCAGCUGUAAGAGGAGUAGUUCAUUCCAAAGGUGUUGAGGUUAAGGCUUGGUGGAGGACAAGGUCUAGUUCUUUCACUCCAAUCUCAACACACUAUAGCUUUAUGGAGGUCGCUUUUUGCAUAGGAGUUUUGUCACACCGGAACAAAUUGUGGUAACAGUUAGGGGAAAGACACAAUUUGGAGUGUUGCAUAGUUAAUCGAUAAAUUUUGCUAUGUUGUUUUGGUGAAAUGUAUGUUUUCCUAGAAUAGGUUUUGGCAGAAAUACCAAAUUUUGUUGAAAACUAAACAAUUAAACAACAAAAAAAGCUUCAAUAUAUCUUGCCAUAGAAUCUACUGAUCUCUGGUCUACUGAUACACUGCUUAUAACAUCAUGCUUAUUACAAUUGUUCAUGAUAGUAGUAGACAAUUUUGCAUGUCUACACUUCAGUACAAAACUUCCCAAAGCUGUAUUUUUGGCUGGAUAUCUUGUAAAUGUUAAAGAAUACAUUAUUGUCAUACUCAUUGAACCAUUUGUUGAGCCCUUGUUGGUUGUGAAUGAGAUUAUUGCCACCUUAUGCCCACAUUCACCAGUCACAUUUUUGUUUUGAUUUUACAGUGAUUCUUCUUUCUAACUAUAUAAUUGAACUGUUCACUAAUUCUUUAGGUUCUCACAAUCUUACCCGCUGCAAAGCCUGAGCAGUUUUCGACUAUACAAUAACCAGACAUAACAUUAUUACAUUAUAACAUUAUAAGCGGUGAAGUAAAUAACACAUUCUUUUCAUCAUGCCACCUGUUAGUGGGUGGGAUUUUUUCAGGCAGCAA